AUGUCAAACGUGACUGAAAGUGUUCGCAUCAAUCCGUGGUGGGGCAUACUCGUUGGUAUCAGUCUGCUAUUAUGUGCUCUUGGAAUAUUUUCUCGUAGUUGUAAUCGUGGCCGAUUUUCACAGUCUUCAGCUACAAGAUGGAUGUGGUUGGAUACUUCUAGAAGAUCGGUGUCUCCCGUUCAGUACAAUGCAAAUGUAGCAACAAUUUCAAAAACUUCAAUGCCUAAUGCUCAACCACCGUAUGCAUAUUAUUAUUCAGUACAAAAUGACACUCUUCAUCCCAUUUACGCACCGCCUGUUUAUUCAGAAAGAGAUAAUAAUGCUGCUCAGAUUACAAACAUUAAUAAUCAACGAUUACAUCCUCAAGGAGUCUUGCCUCCUCCUCCCUAUUCACCUCUAGAUCCACUUCAACUUGAGCAAAAGUAG